GCAGGAUUCGCGUCGAAGAACGGAGAAAACAUAUUGCGAGAGGCUCAGAGACAUGGAGAGGUGUCUCCCGGGGCAGAUGAGGAGCGGCCGGGGCCGCGUUGAGCGCCAAGAGAAAACCACGAAGACCUGUGAACGGAGAAAGACGGGUCAUGUUUCCUUCUUCUCAUUCUCCUUUUGGUCGCUUUUUCUGCGGAAGACGUAGGAGAAAACGACGGUUUUUCGUAUCCGCUUUAGCUGUCUCUUCCCACCGACGACUCCCUCUCUCAGCCCGCUCCGUGCGGUGUGUACGUACACCGGACUGCGGGAGGCUGACUCUGGGGCAGAGAAGGCGGUGGAGUUCGGCCUUCGUCCAUCACGCGUCAGAACCGGAGAUGCCCGCCUGGAGAGGCAGAAUUCGCGAAGGAAAAGAGGCAAGACGCGGAAGCUGCGCUUCAAUGUCGACGUUGACAGCGGCCUCUCAACUUUGCCCUCAACCAUGAUGAACGCGCUCCAGACUCCGAGUUCAGGUGUACGUACACCUGGCCUUCGUGGAGGGGAGGCGACGGGGGCUGGCGGCAGGCGGACUACAGCAGAGUUGCUUCGAGUGUUCGCUGUCGUCCUCUUUUCUCUUUCCAUUCUCCUUCUUCCUCCAGGGGACCCAAGCAUUUUCUCGAGAGUGUCUGCGUCUCCAACUCGGCGGACCAAGCCAUGUUCCCCGCGGAUUUCCCUUCACAUAGCGAGGGAGAGUCUACCGCCUCCGCGUUCGUCUCCACCUCCUCUGAAGGCGGCUUCUCUCUGGCUUCCCCGCUGGGCCUCGGUGAGCGCGCCGCCUCUUCGGUCACCUGCAUCGGGAGGCGAACGAGAGACUGAGAGGUCCACGCCGAGUCUCCAAGGAGCGUCGAAGGAAGAGGAAAAGCGGAAGCAGAAAAAGGCCUCAGAGAUGCGAAAGCUGUGGAGUGUACAUGCGCCUCACGGGGACCCCAGGCUCCGCCCUCCCGUCAACAGCAGUGCGCGCCGCCGGUCCCGAUUUGCAGAUAGAAGAGGAGGACUACGACCGAGAGAACUGUGGGGCGACGACAAAAGGUCUGAAAGACAUAGGAGGGCAUGGGCCAUUCCAGACAGAUCCGGACCUUUCUCCUUUCUCUUUUCCCCGUCGUUCGCAUCUCUGCCAUCUUCGUUCCCUUCCCGGUUUUCCUGCUGCUCUUCUCAUCUCUCCUCUUCUUUCCUCUCCUCUUCUUUCCCUGCUUCUCUACCGCCGUCCGCAAGAAACUGGCCGCCUUCUCCCUGCUUUGCAUCCACGCUGUUCUCUCCGCCGUUGUCGCCCUGCAUCCCUCAUCUCUCCUCUGCUUCCUCUUCUUCUUCUCUUCCUCCUUCUUCCUCUCUCUCUUCCGCUUCUUCUUCUGCUUCUUCUUCUGCUUCUUCUUCUGCUUCUUCUUCUCUUUCUCUUUCUUCCUUCCUUUCCUCACCCUGUUCGCCGCCUCAGUUCGACGUCUGCGUUGUGGGCGCGGGUCACGCAGGCCUUGAGGCCGCGCUCGCGUCUGCUCGCGUCGGCGCCUCGACGCUGCUGGUCACACAGAGUGUCCGUACACUCGGGGAGUUGUCUUGCAAUCCGUCGAUCGGCGGGAUCGGAAAAGGCACCCUCGUGAGCGAGGUGGACGCUCUGGGUGGCGGCAUCGGCCGCUGGGCGGACCAAGCGGCGAUUCACUGGCGCGUUUUGAACGCGAGCCGAGGUCCUGCAACUUGGGGUGUACGCGCACAGAUCGACCGGGAACUCUACAAAGGAGUGGUGACGCGCGAAGUCCAGGAACGAGUUGACCGAGGCGACUUUGCGCUCCUCGAAGGCCGCGCUACGCGGCUCUUGGUCGAGGAAGAGGCCCCGGACUCGCGAGAAGGCGAGCGAGCGGACGUGCAUGCGGAGUACGCGGCUCGCGUGUCUCUUCCAGUGGCCGUCGGAGAAACGCACUCGCGAGAGGGAGCGAAGGCGGACGGGCAAGGAGACGAAGAAGCCGAAAAGGAGAGAGGAGGUUCGCCACGGAGGCAGCGUCUGCUUUUUUCACAGAGAGAGGGUAGUGGAGGAGUGAGACGUUUGUGCGGAGAAGGAACGUCAAGAAAACGAAGAAGAGUGGUUGGCCUGUGUGUGCGAUGUGUGAAGCGCAGCGACGGAGACAGGGGUCUCGGUGAAGAAGUCGAAAUCUUCGCAAAGACCAUCGUUGUCACAGCAGGAACAUUCCUAAAAGGAAAAUGCUCCACAGGAACCACCGUUGCUGUCGACGCCGGACGUCUCGGCUCUGCUUUUCCAUCUUCGUUUUGUUCGCCUAUUCCUUCUUCCAGUGUGUCUGCCGUAUCAACGGGGAGCUCUGUGUUCGAAAGAAAAGAGAGAAGCAUCCGCGGCGGCAAGCGCCCAUGCAGUCAGCUCGCGGAAACCGAGGCGCUUUCGUCAGAGCAGUCAGCUUCGGAGUUGGCGGCGAGUCUCCGCGAUCUGGGCUUGCCCAUGGGGCGCUUCAAAACGGGGACGCCUGCUCGACUGUACAGACACUCGAUCGACUUUUCGCGUCUCCAGGAACAGCCCUCAGAGUGCCCCUCACCCUUCUCUUUUCUGCACUCGCCGUCGCGGCUGCGUGAACUGCGUCCCGUCACAGUUUCGUGUUUCCUCACGUACACGAAUCGCGAGACUCACGAGAUCGUUCGGCGCCACCUGGAGGAGCUGCCGAGACACUCUGGAGGCGAAGGCCGAAGAGGCUUAGGUCCCCGGUAUUGCCCGUCGAUAGCUACGAAGGUGCUGCGCUUCCCCGACCGGCCUCGCCAUGCGGUGUGGCUCGAGCCAGAGGGUCUGGACAGCGCGUUGAUUUAUCCGAACGGCUUGUCGGGCGCCUUCUCUCCGCCCACUCAGCUCUCUCUCCUGCGCUCGAUCCGCGGCUUGGAAAACGUGGAGAUGGCGGCGCCUGCGUACGACGUCGAGUACGACUUUGUGGUGCCCGCCUCGCUCUCGAUCUCGCUCGAAACGAAGACUGUCGCAGGCUUGUUCGUCGCGGGACAAGUUCUAGGGACAACUGGCUACGAGGAGGCUGCGGCCAUGGGGCUCCUGGCUGGGUGGAACGCUGCUCUGCGAGCGCUCAGAGACGGCACCAGUGCGUUGUGGAAGGCGAGGGCGGCGGCCUUGAGUAGGCAGGAAGCCGGCGAGUCUCCAGCAACCUCGACGGCGCUGAUCGCCGACCCAGAGAGCGCGGAAAAAGAGGAAACCACGCACGACGCGAUACGAUGCGAGAACGCUUCGCUGACGCGAACUGAGGCAGUGGGCGGCGACGACGAACGCGACGCGGCGGCGGCGAGAAACUGUGUUAGUGGAGACGCAGACACGGCGAACGACGCGCAAGCUGAGAAGCAACAGGAAGGAAGAGAGGAAGAACAGGAUUCUUCUUCUCUGAACCGUGGAGAGGACCGUGGAGAGGAAGGGAGAGAGACAGAAGCGUCUCCCAGACGGGUCUCCACCUCCCUACCACCCGCCAUCUCUCUGAGUCGCGAGAAAUUCCUCUUGGGCGUCUGCGCUCACGACCUCACACAGAUCGGCGUCCAGGAGCCUUACCGCAUGUUCGCCAGUCGUUCAGAGUGUCGCCUGUCAACUCGACCUGACAACGCGGACUUGAGGUGUAUAGACACCGCGCUGCGGGGCGGGAUCGUGCGGGACGUGGAGCGGAUGGAGAAGACUCGCCGCCGGAGAGCGAAGGUUGAGAGUCUUCUCGACCUCCUGAGGUCGUAUCAUCUUCCUGCAUCUCAGUGGAGAGCGCGAGCGCGACUGGCGGUGACCGCGGGGCAGGCGAUGUUCUCGUCAAAUAGCUCUUGUUGCGCAUCUCCUUCUUCUCCUGCUUCUGUUUCGCCUCCAUCUUCUUUGUCGUCUUCGACUCCGUCUGGAGUCCCUUCUUUUUCUCGCUCACGUUUUCCCUCUGUCGCCCCCUGGGCUCUCGUCGAAAGGUGUCUUCUGCAUCUGCUGGCGAAGCUCGGCGCCUCUGAGAGGUCGUGGAAAGCAGCUGAAAUUGUGGCGGCUCUUCCUUCUUCUUUCUUCCCUGCGUCGACAGAUCCCCUUGUUCUCGCUCAUUCUCCUUCCUCUCCUUCCAAUCCUUCCUCUCCUUCCUCUCCGUCUGCUUCUGCUACGCCUCCUGGUUCUUUUUCUGUGGCGGCGGUUCCUUCCUUCUCUUCAGCAUCUCAAGAAGGCGAGGAGAAACAGGAGGCGCAGGUGGAAAGCGAACGAGAAAGUAGCAGCACGAGAGAAGCGAGUGAAAGGAGAGAAACAGAAGAAAAGAGAAACGACGGAGGACGAGAAGGAGAAAGAGAACGCCACACGGCAGAUGCCGACAGUGGAGCAUUUCUCUCGCUUCCGGGCGUCGAAGAACUCAAAAUGUGUGUUCCUCUGCUCCGGUGUCCUCUUCAGCUUGUUCUCCUUCUCUGUCUUCUCCAAGAAACGUACAGAAACCCGUCUAGUUCUUCUUCGUCUACUCGCUCGUCUUCCUCUCCUUCCUCUCCUUCCUCUCCUUCGUCUUUUCUCGCUUUUUCGUCGCAUUCGUCGACCGGAGAAUGUGUGCCGGCGCAGGACGACAGUGAAGAACGUUUCAGAAGGGAAGCGACGGACGAAGAGGUUCGAGAGAAAAGCAGACGCCCCUGGACCGCUGAGAGGCAGGCAAAAAUGGACAAAAGUGCACAGUUGAAGUGUACACUGAAGACGCUUUUGCUUCACUGGGAAGAACUCGAAAACGCUGCCGUUACAGUCGCCGCCGAGUGUCGAUACAGCGCGUACUUUGAAGGCCAAGAACGAGAGGCGGAAAUCGUCAGAGGAAAAGUCGACACGAGACUUCCGCCCACCAUCCAGUACACAAGAUCCAGCUUUCCUUCGUUUUCGACAGAGGAGUUGGAGCAGCUGGAGGCUCAUCGCCCUCAGAGCCUGAGAGAGGCGGCGCGCGUCCCGGGCCUGCAUCCUGCCUCUCUGCUUUCACUUUACCGCUUUGUGUCUCUCUCGAAAAAGAAGACAAAGUGAAACUUUUUUUUUCCGAAGAGUGGAGAGACACUUCGCACUCGACUGCGGACUUCGUGGUCUGCGGCGCAGAACGCGUGACAUGAAAAGGAACGCCUGGAGACAGAAAAGGAACGCCUGGAGACAGAAAAGGAACGCCUGGAGACAAGAAAGAAACGAAGAAAGGAGCUGAGAAGAAACGAGACGCGGAGAACAUCGCGCAUCUGCGUCGCAGAUGGAGGGGAAAGCGUAUAUCCACGCCUCUGCAUGAGCAACUGCUCAUCAUUAAAUAGAGAAACAGUGUUGACAAAGCACCUGCGAAAACACACACGCAUACAGUUACACCUACACAAGUAUGCACUUGCACAAAUUGAUAUAAAUAUAUAUAUAUAUAUAUGGAGGUAGCGUUUCUGAGUACAGGGACACGUGCACAAAUGCUUGAAAUGCAGCAAUAUACUUAUAUAUAUAUAUAUAUAUAUUUAUUUAUUUAUGUGUAUGUAUAUGUGUAUGUAUAUCUACCUCUGUAUUUGUAAAUACAUCCAUAGGUAUCUACACUUCGGAGGUACGGCCGCAUUUUUGUGCGUGUAAUAUUGUGCAUCACGCGUUGAAAUCAGUUGAUUUCGUUGCCGUUGAAGACGUUCGAAUUUCCGCGGGGAUCGGUUGCCGGGAGAGAGGGCGUUUGCGAGCGAACUCGUAUCGCGUUCGGGUGUUUGUACACUCGACUUUUUCUCGCAUAAUGAUCGCGAAGCUGUCCG